UAUAAGUAAACUAGGUUUUGUGCAAUUAUUGGGUGCGCUGUAACGAUUUUUAAAUUCACGUUGGCCUUCUAUGGUUCCGUGUCUGGCUUUAAAUAUAGCUUUCCUUAGCUGUAACUUGUUUUGAUUUAUUUCCGCAAGGGUUUUGUACAUAUCCAUUUUAGAUUUAUUUUUAUUUGUGCUGUUGUUUCGGUUUGAGUGAUAUUUUGCAUGCACUAAAAUUGUUCGACACGGAACCGAAGAUCAUUUACUCCUGUGUGCUCCCGUAGUGGUGCGUUUUGGUAGAAAUUUACAGCCUAGAUAUAUGCGAAUGUCUCACACUCCAAAUUGGUGUCUCGCUUGACAGGCUAGAAAAUGAGUACGUUUGUUCUGCCGUGACGUCUCUUCCGCAGUGUUAUUUAGUUUGUUCAGGUACACAUUUCUUCUGCAGUGUCUGAGAGGAGGGCAUUAGGGCAAGGCGCAACAAUCCACGUGGCCACAACAAAGUUUAACCUCAGGCUGCGCUACUGUAGAUUGUCCGCUGCUUCCAGCUCCCUGCCACGACUUGUUCCUAGUUUAGGGGUUUCUUUAACCGUGUCAAGUUAUGGCAAACAAUCAAAUUGACAUCCCUCCCAAAGGUGGAUUCUCUUUUGAUUUGUGUAAAAGAAAUGAAAUGCUUAUUAAGAAAGGUAUUGAAGUGCCAAAGUUUCGCAAAACAGGAACGACAAUUGUUGGUCUUGUUUUUAAGGAUGGAGUCAUACUUGGGGCCGACACCAGGGCAACUGAAGGACCAAUAGUGUGUGAUAAGAACUGUGAAAAAAUACAUUAUAUUGCACCAAAUAUAUACUGCUGUGGUGCUGGAACUGCUGCAGAUACAGAGGCAGUAACAGACAUGGUUAGCUCCCAACUGGAGCUGCAUCGUUAUGCAACUGGUCGAGAAUCACGGGUUGUUAGUGCCCUCACUAUUCUAAAAUCCCAUCUAUUCGGUUACCAAGGCCAUGUGAGUGCAGCCUUAGUACUUGGUGGGGUGGAUAUUACUGGACCACACUUACAUACGGUAUAUCCUCAUGGAUCAACAGACACUCUACCUUUUGCCACAAUGGGUUCUGGAUCUCUUGCUGCUAUGGCAAUGUUUGAAUCACGAUACAAAGAAGGGUUAAAUAGAGAGGAGGGAAUAUCAUUGGUUUGUGAUGCUAUACGAUCUGGAAUCUUCAAUGAUCUAGGAAGUGGCAGUAAUGUGGAUGUAUGCGUAAUCACAAAGGGUCAAACAGAAUAUCUGCGCAAUCAUCAACUGCCGAAUCCACGUACAUAUGUUAGUUCAAGAGGUUAUUCAUUUGCGAAAGGACAUACUGAGGUUCUGUCAACCAAAAUAAUCCCUUUGAGAAAGCAAGUGCAAGUGAUUGAAGGGGAUGCAAUGGAAGAGUAAUUCACGAUGAUAAACUACAGAAAUCUUUCCGAAGUGCCUUCUAAAAAUUCUCAUUGGAAAAUAUAUUUAUAAUUGUUAUUGAACUGUUAUGCAGAAUUCAUUUGCUUAUUUCUGCAAAUGCAUUUUGUGAUUUGCGGAUUUUGUGGUACAUGAUGCUCUUCUGCAUCUCAUACUGUUUCAAGCAAAUUCUUAUUUCGUUACAUGCCAACAACAUGGAUUAAAGAACCAUGCCUUUGCUUUGAAGGAAUUUGGAUUUGUAAGGAAGGCAAAUCAUUACUUUUUGCUGUUA